AUGAAAUAAUGGGUACAAAAUAUGGUAAAGACAUAUAAACAAAUGAAUAAGCCAGAUGACAAAUUUAACAUCAAAAAGUUUUCGAGUCUUUAAUAUCCACAAUGUCCUUUUGGAGGUGAUCACAGUGGAGAAGCUAUGAGUUUGAUUUGUCUGGAAAAAGAUUGUUUACAAAGCCAAAUUUUAUGUUGUUGUAUUUGUUAAGAAGAAUUUCAUAAGGGACAUCAAUUAAAACCAUUAAAACUCUUGUUGUGUGAAUAUGAUUAAUAAUUGAGAGAGUAUUAAAAUAUCUCUUUAAAAUAAAGCGAGAAGGAUAUCCUAAUCAAGAAGAUUAAUGAAUAAGAAGAAAAACAAUUGAUAUACAUUUAAGAGUUUAAAGAACAAAUCAACAAUAAAUUAUCUAAAAUUGUCACCUUAGAAAAGGAAUUCUUCGAAAAUUUACGCAAAUUUGUGAAAAUGAGAGAUUUCAGCACUGGCAAUCAAUAUGCAGUCAUUGAAACAAUCAUUUAAAAUCAAACUAAUGUUGAAAUGCUGAGUAGCUCAGUCAAGAAUUUGCUUGAUGCUUUAGUUGUAUAGGAAAUUCCAGAAAAAGAUCUCAAUUACGAAGAAAUCAAUAGAAUUUUCGAUUUUCAUAUGAAGGAUCAAAAGGAUCACCUAUCAUAAUUGGAAAAACAAUUUAAUUAAGGCAUAUAGUAGUAGAUAGAUCUCUUAUAAUCAAAGACAUAAGCAACAAUAUUCUAGAAAUCUUAUCUUUUCUAAUUUCUACCAAACAACAAACAUCCCUAGGUUGAUAUAAUACAGCCAAAGAUUGUAAAAGCAAGCAACUCAAAUCAUGGAUACAAGUUCGCAGUGAUGACUCCAUCUUUAGACAAAAAUCAGACAACUGUUUUUGGGUUCAAAUUGAAUUUUGUUCAUUAAAGCAAUUGGAUCGCAGUUGGAGUAUGUGAUUUAUCAAUAGUGUAAAGCAAGUAAUUCGGAUUUGCAUUUCAAUCACUUGGACAUGGUGCAUACAUGGUGUCAUCAAAUGGCGGUGUUUGGUCCAGUACUACUUCUAAUCUAAAUAAUGUGGUUAAAUGCUUCAAGUUUGGAAAGGGGGAUGUCAUUGUUUGCACUUUUGACCCAAAAAACGAAACCAUUACAUUCCAUAAACAAAAGUCUAGCACAACAUUCAAACUUGACAUUCCGAAAUCCGAUCAUGAGUUUUAUCCUUGUGUUUUAUUUUAUUAUGCGUUGGAUGAAGUGGAAUUCAUACCCCCAGAAGGAAUAAAUAAAUAAUGA